AUGUCAGUAGAGAGUUUUACAAGCCAGGAUCUGGAAGACCUCUUUGUUUUGCCCACGUUCAAGGAGCGAGUGGACAGCUUCCACCAAAUGAUCUCAGUGAUGGUGCAGAAUAUGAAAGACAGUGAAAACAUUAAAAAGAUGGCAGAUUUUGACCCUAUGACAUAUGAUCAGUUUUAUGAUUCAGUUCAACAUCUCUUCAAUGGUGAAUUGAAAAAUGAAUGCAUAAAGGCUGUUUUUAAGAAGAUCAAUAGCCAUCUGGAUGCAAUUGUUGACUGGACUGAACUUUUUGGGUACUUUCCAUCAGAAGGACAGAAUAUCAUGAAAGGAACACCAAUAUUUAUGCUUUCCAAGCGACGACAUAUUGAACAGAGAGAAGAAGAAAGAAGGAGACACGAUCAUAUUCAGUGCAUCAUCAAUGUGCCACAACUUGAUCAAGUAAUAGCAGCUACACAAAAAGGAAUAAUUUUACUUUAUAACAGCCAACUGAAUCUUCAGACAUAUACCAGCGUUGGUGAUAUUUCCCCAGUGUCUGGCUGUGAUUACCUUAGCCAAUUAAAGCGAAUUGUAACAGUCACUGAAACAAGUAUUAUUAUCUGGGAUCAUAAACCAAAGAGUAAAAACCAGACUAAUUUCUUUACCCUUAAACCCAUGCAAAAUAUUAUGCUUUGCAUCUGUACGGUAACGCUGCCUGAGAACCCAGGUGAAGAUUACAUUUUGAUUGGUGAUGAUGCUGGAUUUGUGAACCGAUUAAUUGUGGGAACUGAAGAUCUCAAUCUCCAGAAAUCCAAGGAGAGCAACGCCUUGCAAUCCCAGGUCUUGGAUCCACACCUUCUCCGUCGUCCUAUUUUACGACGGAAACUGCAUAGUGAAUGGGUGUUGAGAGUGAAAUAUUUUCCACAUUUGAACUCCUUUGUGAGCUGUUCUUCAGACAGUGUACACUCGGUGGUCCUGGAUGACAUACGCAAGCUUGGAGACUGUCAGCCCAUUAGAACCCUAUCAGUUCCACGAGGUGUCAAUGCAUUUGAUUAUUGUGAGAAAGCAAAUACCUUUGUUACUGGUGGAGAAGAUAAAAUUGUUCGACUUUGGAAUCCUAAUAUGUUCUCCAAACCAAAGGCAUUGUUGAUUGGCCACAACUGUAUCAUUACUGAAGUUGUAAUUAAUGAAGCAGAUCAACAUAUUAUUAGCCUUUCAACUGAAGGGAUGUUCAGAGUCUGGGAUGUUCAGACAAUUGCUGUCCUGCAGGUCUUCAUCUUAGGUGAACAUCAAGUAGAUCGGCAUUUCAACACAAUGGUGUUUGACAAUAAAAAUAAGAGAUUAAUUGCUGGAUCCACUUCAAUAGACCUUGUACCCCUCACAUCUGCUGUUCAGGACAAUCUAGAGGUUCCCCUUUCCCAUGAACGAUCCGUCAAUGUUCUGGUCUUCAGCAAAAUUAAUGGGAAGGUUGUGUCCAUUUGUAGUAAAUCUAUAAUUAAGGUCUGGAAACUGCAAAGCGGAAAAAAAGUCUAUCAAAUCGCACAUCCUCACGGACACUCGAUAGAGGUGACAGCUGCAGCAGUGGAUGAAAAUGGAAACCAUCUUGUCACAGGAGCAGUUGAUGGCUCAUUAAUAAUUUGGGAGUUAUAUAGCGGAGAGAAAGUUAGGAGUUUACCUCCAGUUACAGAAAGCAGUGAAGAAGAUAAACGAAUUUCACAGCUGUUCUUUUUGAACCCCAGUGAACCAAACUUAAUACUUGCUAUGGGCUGGAACAACACAAUCAAAAUGAUUCAGGAUGGACCAGAUGAAUCUUCUCUCUCAAUUCUAGGAACAUUUCCAAACAUACCCAAUGCAAUAUACAGCAGUAGUUUAUUCCCUUUGAAGCAAUUUCAAAGUACUAGCAGACAGUCUGAUAUUGUGAAGCAGGGAUAUCUGAAUGACAAAGGAUUAUGUGGCAUUGAUAUAUUUGUCUGUAAUGCUGAAACCUUAUUAGUAAUGGGAUGGUCCAACAUGAUCAUAAUAUGGAAUUUUGAUACAGCACACAUCUUGCAAAUAUUUAAUGAAGAUCGACUUUUGGAAACCACAGAUGGAGGUAAACAGAAUAACUUAAUACCAGAUGUGGAGUCAUCCAAGGUUCAAGUUGUGAAAUUUAUUGCAAUCAGAAGUAAAAUUAUUGAACCAGAGCCUCCUGGGAUAGUUGUUGAUGGUCAGUCACAGGAUUCAAGCAUAGUCUUAAAUAACAUGUCAAAAGUCAGCUUAAUGCUUAGGUAUGCUGAGAGCUUUACAGCUUCUGAAUAUAGUCAAGCAGGGGGAUACAUAAUAAUUUGGGAUAUUGCAGCAUUGCUCAGUGAUCCAUUCGCAGAAAAUAAGGAGCCUAUAAAUCGUAUAAUUAGCUGGAGAGCUCAUACUUUGCAAAUAAUCAGCAUCUUCUUUGUGGAGGAAGCAUCUGUUGUUGUUUCUGCAUCUGUGGAUUGUUCUGUCAGGGUUUGGUAUGCGUUAAAUGGCCAUUACAUUGGAUACUUUGGACAACACAGUGCUUUACUUUUAAUGAAUCCCAGUGAGUUUGUUUUACCCAGUGACAUAACUGAAGCACCUGUGGAGGGUAAGUCAAAGCAAUCCAACAAGGCGGACCAGUUGGACUACCCGUUGAUGUUGGAUUGGGAAAGGUGA